AUGCCAAGGAUUUCGACUGUGACAGUUUUUCGAGCGACUUUUGCGUUAAUCUUUUUUGUUCUCUUUGGACAAAUUUUACUAUUUACUCUUACAAGAUGUCGUGGAUUUGUGGCAGAAGAAGACCCGAACAGAACAAAUCGCGAACUCUCCAACAUGGAAAACCCCUCGGUCAAAUUUUCUUCGCUGUCAAAGAAAAUUCGCCAACUCAAACGCGAAAUGGGAAAUCUCAAACGCGAAAACAAUGCCCUGACAAAGGCGGUUCGUGAUUUAUCUUCUCGAAAUGAGGGGCUCUUGAAGGAGAUACGACAGCUAAAAACCAUGGAAAAAAUCACGAUCGCUCAAGAGUUGAGCAGCGAAAAAAGCAAGAUAGCUAAGGGGGAAUUUCUAAAAGGCGACCCGGUGAAGACAGAAUUUGAGGUCGUCCCGUUUGAUGGUUUAGCGUAUAAUGCGAUUUACCAAGUCUAUCAUGGCCUGUCGGGCAACCCGGCGGAGAGACCGUACGGUUUCAAAGGGAAAGAAUACUUGGAAGUUAUUAAGUUUGCUGUGGAUUCGCUGAAUCAGGAUUGGGAAGGCAAGCAGCUGGAAGCCACCGCAAUGCAUCUCGCGGAUGGAAUAAUGCGCGUGGAUCGGAUUUACGGUUCACAGUACGAUCUUUAUUUUAGAGCGGCCGGUAACAAGGUUUUUCAUCGUGUUAAAAUUCAACGAUCGUUCGGUCCCUUGACUCUUGCCGGAAACAUUGAGACAGUGGACACAAAUAAUGAGCUGAUAAACUUAAUUUUGCCUUUAUCCGGUCGCCUGGAUAAAUUUAAACAAUUCCUGGACAAUUUUGUUGACGUUUGUAUCAAAUGGGACCAGCAAGUUUUUCUUACUGUAGUGUUCUUCGGCCAGGAAGGUAAAGAGGAGCUGGAAUCCUUGGUGAAAAAUGUGUCCAAGGCGGAGAAUUUUACAGACUACAAGCUUAUCUUUACAAAUGAAACAUUUUCGAGGGGAUAUGGCUUACAGAGAGGGGCACUUUCCUGGACCAAAGGAAAUGUACUGAUGUUCUUUUGUGACGUAGAUGUCUAUUUCACUGCUACUUUUCUGGACCGGUGCAGAUUUCAUUCCACACCAGGAGGGAAGGUCUAUUACCCUGUAGUGUUCAGUCUGUACAAUCCCAUGAUUGUUUAUGGUGGGUCGCCCCCGCCCGCUGCCCACCAGCACCGUAUUAAUCGUGACACUGGUUACUGGAGGGAUUUUGGCUUUGGCAUGACCUGCCAGUACAAAAGUGACUUUGAGAAUAUAGGCGGGUUUGACCUGUCAAUCAAAGGCUGGGGAAUGGAGGAUGUAAAGUUGUACCGCAACUAUCUUGCUAGUCAGUUGGUUGUUGUAAGAGCGGCUGACAGAGGAAUAUUUCACAUGUGGCAUCCUAAAUUUUGCAGUCGUAAUUUAACCCAACCACAGUUUCUGGCUUGUAUUAAAAGCAAAGUGAAGUCAGAAGCUUCACAGUCCCAGCUUGGUCUUCUGGCCUUUGGUGAGAAGAUAUUUGACGAGAAAGAAACAGACUGGAUCCAGCAACUUCGGGAAUCAAAGAGCAAGGCAGUGAACAAAAAGAAUAUCUAA